CUUCCUUGAUUAGCCUUUUCCCAAUGUCUUCCUUAUAGAAGCAAAGAACAAAGGAGUUCCUUCAAACCAAAUAUCCAAAAUUACCACAAUAUGUUAGAAUUUAGUUUCUUCUUUAAUUUCCUCUAUUGUCUUUAUAUUUCUUAUUCGACUCUCUCCUUCAAGAUUCCAUGGAAGAUCUUAACACACUUGCAGCUGACUGCUUCGUUUUAUCGUGUUGUUGCAACUGUCUUGUUCUCCAGAUCGGGAUCUUCAUCUUCCUUGGACUUCCUCAAAAGCUGGUCAAGAACACGAGAAAGUGUUACGCAAAAUGGGGAAUAAACCGAAGAAUAAAAAGAAUGGGUCUCGGUUGUCAAUGUCGAAGAAAUAUCGUGGUUGAUUCGGAAUGGAGAAAAGAGUCUAUGAGUCUAGAGAUGGAAGGUUUUGGGUGUAUUGAAGAAGUUGAAGAAGCUUUAGAGGAGUUUUCAAAGAAUGGUGAGUUUUUGUUUGGAAGCUUCUGGGGAAAAGAGAGGGUUCAAAAUUCCUCGUCAAUGUCAACAAGUUGUAUUAAUGACAACUUUGACCUACGAUUUGUAAGUCGUUAUGAGAUCAUCGAAGAAAAUUUCUAUUCCUUAGAUUAUAUAUUCACUACUUCACACAAAUUUUAUUGAAAUCUAUGGAAAAAUAUAUCCAGUAGGUUGUUUUUUA